UAACAGUUCCCGUUCUUUGGAAGCCACCGUCGAUUCUCCAAUCUCUUCUUCAAGUUCUCUGCCGAUGGCCGCCUCCGCCGUCGCCAGAUCGAUACUUCGAGCUGCUUCGUCUCGGGGAGCCGCCGCUGGUUCCACUGGCCGCUUCGCGUCUCAAGCGAAAUCAGUUCCGCCGAUGUUUAGAGCCAGCGCUAAAAGAAGCUCACUGCUUUCACCUCUCCGAAAUCCUGUGGAGAUGAGCUUCUGUGUUGAGUCAAUGUUACCAUACCACACCGCCACAGCUUCUGCUCUAAUGACUUCGAUGCUUUCUAUCUCUGGACAUACCUAUGGCUGGCUCUCUGACGCUUGCAUUGAUGAUGUGUGAUGAGUUUGCCAGAAGAUCACUGAAGCUACCAGUUUAUCUUGCAAAGAUGACUUUUGAUGAAGUCUACAAGUAACCCAAAUGCGAAUCCCAGAGACGGUUUUAAGAGAGUUUAGGCAAAAAAAUAAAUAAUUGUUGUACUUUUCAAACAUAAAUGGUCUCUGUCUUUGAAUAUUUUAAAUCAGCUCUCUAUCAUCUCUGUUACAUCAAAAGUUCAACACAAUUAAAAUUGCAUC